CUGAACACGAGCACCGCAACGUGCGCGUGCACGUGCAACCGCGCGGCCCCGCGCCACUUUUCUGGUGAUUGCUACAUUUGGGCCGAAUGUAACUAUCGGCGCUCAUCUUAUUAGAAAACCAAUGUAUGGGCGGACAUGGUGAAAACAGCAUCAUUUAAAAUACACUGAUAAACCGAGACAAAAAGAAGGUGAAAAAUGUCGGAUAUAGUGGGUUUUCACUCGCAGCUGGCCUCCAUCAUGGAGGUGUUGGCUAACGCGGCCGUGGCGGAGAUCUGCAAGCUGGUGGACGAUGGAUACGCGCUGCUGCGCUGGGAAAUGUCGCAAAGCCAAAAGGAGAACGAGCAGCUGAGGAGGAAAUUACGGGUGAUGGAGAUGAAGAUGUCGAAGGGAUGCUCGGAGAGAGGGAGAGUCCCGUCCAGCCCAGGCGACAAUCAGAAAGCAGAAAGCAAUGAGACAGUUCUGGAAGCAUCUCUUAUUAGGAAGGAGCCGCGUAAAGAGGGGAGACAGCGGCCUCCACAGGAAAAAGCUGUGCAGUCCAUUGCUGAUGGUAAUGAGAAGGCAGCCGCUUUGGACGAAGAGACUUCGCCCGGUAAAAGCACAGAGGAGCUUGCCGAUGAGCACAGGAGCAGUCACGGUGCUUGGGAGGUCAGUGGAUUGGAGACUGUCCUGAAGGCAGAGCCUGAGAAGGAGAGUGUAAAGCAGAGGCCCCUGCUUACAGGAACUGAGUGCAGGGCGGAGGGUGUGAGCGGCCUGGCCUGCGAGUUCACGGUGUGUCAGAGAGCCGGGCAUCUGGGGAGCUGCUUCACCCCCGGGAGCUCUGGCCCGGAGCCCGGCGACAGCUCUUAUGCUGCAGACAUGGACUCGGAGGGCCUGUCGACACAGACUCUUCCUCCUGCAGAGACCAGUGGUGCCAGCAGCCUGUCCUCUCUAGGUGCUACUGAUGUGAAGCCAGACAUAAUUGUUGAUUCUUUAACAAUUAAACUUGAGGGCGAUAUGCAGUCAGCAUGGAACAAGGAGGCUACACUUGGGAAAGCUCACACACAACCUCAAUUUUAUAGAGAAGAUGGGGAGCAAGAAGGAAUUCAGCCAGAAAUUGUGGCCAGUAUGUACCCAGCACAUAAUCAGACGGUAGAGAACACAAUUUCUGAAUGUGACGAGCCAGACAGGAGUGAAUAUGCAGCAUUCUUGAUGUCAGACACCCCUGAGAGCCAGCACAGUCUCGGUACAGCUGAGAGAGGGUUUAUUUGCAGAUUUUGUGGGAUGAGUUUCUCUCGUCUAAAGAAGUUUGAAGAACACCAAAGAGGCCACACCGGUGAGAAGCCAUUUAGCUGCGUACACUGUGGCAAGCAGUUCUCCCAGUCAUGUAACCUUAAAAUGCACCAAAGCAUUCACACGGGCAAGAGACAGUUUCCAUGUGUGCAGUGUGGGAAGAGUUUCAUGUCUUCAAGGGACCUUAAAGUUCACCAGAACGUUCAUACUGGGGAGCGGCCUUUCUGCUGUGUGAUGUGUGGCAGGAGUUUCUCUCACCCAAGUAAUCUCAAAAGGCAUCAGAGGCGAUGUAGCCCCAGGAAGUGCUCACCAUAUCCACUGAGUAACAGGACUGCCUUAAAGCGCGAUCUGGAAAUCCCUCUGAAAUAGCGACAAAGCACCGGGGACCAUUUGCCUCAUACUGCCUUAUUCCCUUUCUGUCUUUCCUUUAAAAUUCAGUAUGUAUUGUUGUAAAACAAUUGUUGAUUUUAUUUUACAUUUGAUUUUUAGUGUAGUGUGUAUAUAUAGUAGAUAUUUGGUGCAGCUGGCUGAAUUGCCUGUAAGGGACAAGUUGUAAUUAUUUAUUAAAAAUUAGGUUUUAAUCCUCAGUUCUACAUGGUAGAAGAAUGGUGGCAGUUGAAAGUGUGUCGAGCUGUAAAGCUGUAAAAUACUUCAGGAUGCAUUGUUGUGCUGAAGUCUGCACCGAAUGAACUUUGUGGGGAUGUAUUUCUUCCAGCUGAGCGUGACUUGUGUGUUUUUCUUGAGAAGCGCUAAAAGGAUAAGAUGACAGGUGGUGUUUAUCAUGAGCAUGUCGGGUGUAACUCGACAUUCAGGUACAGUGUUUAUCUGACUGCAGUAGUUCACAGGCGCCGAUUCCCCAAAUCUGCUGUAUGAAAAACAUGUGUCACCCCUGUAUUAAAUUUUAUUUUUCUUCAGGAAGGUAAUACCCAUCAGGUAAAUUUAAAUAAUAAUUUACAUUUUCUUCUGUAUUUCUCUUACAGAUAUACAAAACACACACUUGGCCUAUGUUCAUGCUUUUGAAUCAUGUUUACUGUAUGUAAAUAAUUUGUUGCAUCCUUAAAUUAGAUAAUAUACUCUUGAAGAGACUUCAGCAAAAUCAUAUCUGUAAAAUAUGUAAGCACAUUGGGUUUCUUUCAAUGUGGGCAGCUGCAAAACAAAUGGCUCAAUGUAUCUACAUAAAAAAAUAAAAUGUUUCUUUAAUCUG